AUGAGCAGCGCGAUGAAGAUGGACUUUAUCUGCAGGGACCCAGCAGCAGCAGCAACAGCAGUAGCGGCAGCAGCUCCGUCUCCAGUCGUAGAGCUCGAAGAUGCUGGCGUGAGCGACAACGAGGACUCGGAGGACGAGCAGCUGGAGCACGCGGCGUGGCAGGACGUGGACCUGAACCCGGCCGUGGACCUCGUGGCGAAGCUCGUGCGCGAGGCGCUGGACGCCGGCAAGACGUACAACAAGAGCAUCACGGCCAAGACGUCGCAGCUGCUCACGGGCUGUGACGGGCUGUUGCUGGAGCUCAAGAGCUUGAGCGAGACGCGCGUCGAGUCCCGACAGCGCUCGAGUCAGCGCAUCGGACACGGCGGCAGCUGUUUAUGUGGCCAGGCGAUGGCUAUGCUGCCAUUCCGUAGUGCAGAAGAGGCUCUGGCUGUCAAGAGAGAGACCAAGGACACUACUGCAGGUGGAGUUACACAGGGGGUGGACGAAGGGACAGAAGACCAGACGGACCGCGCGCUGGCCAAGAUGGAAGCUGCGGUCAUCCGCGUGAAAGAGAUGGCCGAGUUGAUCCAGGCCACGAGCAUGCAGGGUGAAGCCAACUUGGUGUCGAAAGUGUCGCUGCAAAGUGGCACGUUUCAGGCAUUAGAGGCAGCCGUGCAGGCGAGUGCGGCUGCGGCCACGGCGACUGCUAUUGCGCAGGAACGUGGUCGAUCGUCCUCAGCUUUUAGCAGAUUGUGCAUGCCAUUGCAGGUGCAAAAACUACAGGAAUGGUACUACUCGUACCCACGACCGUUGCUGGAUGAACUGACGCUCAUGCGCACGAUUUUGAACUACCGACCGUAUGCGAACCCGUUCCACGUGGGUGGCUUAUCGCUUGCGCAUGUGCGUGACUGGUUCAAGCGACGCCGUUUUCGGGAGCGUAUGCGGUACGUUAAGUUGGCAGUGGAAGCGGGCUACGAUGUUCAAGCUGCCGAGGAGGAGAUUGACUUGCGUCUGGAACAGCGGAUUGCUCAUUUGCGUGCCUCUGUGGAUCCCAAUGAGCUGGUUAAGGAGGUGGACCGCGUACGAGCGCAAAGCUAUCUGUUUGAUGCAGCGGUAAACACUUUUACGAGACCCGACAAUAUCCGGUCGUACAUAGCAGCGUCGCAUUCAGUACCGACCGCUGCUGAGCAGCAGGGAAACAAUGUGAACGGCCGUCUCAUUCGCCAGCGCUCGCCGGACUUGGAUUUGGAUGAUACUUACGUGGUCAAACAUGCUUCUGUGUUAGAGGUCAUGGCACUGCAAAAUCGGCUGCGUAGUUUGAUCAAAGAGCCAAAAUCGGCAAAUGCUACGAACGGUCUACAGCAAGUUGUCGAUUUGUUGCGUGCUAUGAAGGUGGAGCCUGACGUACGUAUCCAGUCGGGUCUUGUCGCCGACCUGAAGCUGAUUUUAAAAGAGUACACGAAGCCGACGCUGCUACGUAAGGCUACUAUUGCACUUCUGGAGAGCCUGGGUAUGAAUCGCCGCGCUGUGGUAGAACCAGACGCUGAUGCUGACAUGCGGUUAUCCGCGCCAGCAAGUCCAGCGCUCAGCACAGCAUCGAGUGCGAAAGGAAGAAUAGACCUGAAGUGUGGACAUUCUCCGGGAAGGGAGUCUGCGAAUAGAAAUGUAGGUUUUGGUGACGAUUCUUCCCUUCUCCUGGCCGGAGAGCCACCGACGAAGAAAGCAAAGCUUGCUACUAAAUUGCGCGCAAAGGAAAGAAAGGGACGUGUGUUGCGGCCCAUGAAAUUCUCCAUGGAUCAGCUGACGGCACUCGAGGCUUGGUUUCAACAGAAGUACAAACCGUCGCAAGAAGAAAUGGAAAAUUAUUUGGUGCAGCUAAAUACUCCACCGCUUCGAGACGUGAAAAAACAAACGGUGGAUGUAAACAUGACACAGCUGCGGCGGUGGUUCAACAAGCGGCGGUGCUUGCGUCGUCCUCCUUUUGCGUUGAUGACACAGCAAGAGGCUGCAAAGGAAGGAUCGAAGAAUCCUGCAGUCUUGAAGGCAGCGUUUACUCCUACGAAUAGUGUGGAGCCCGUGGAAAGUAUGGAUGUUGAUGAAGGUGUUGUAGACGCGAGCUUAGAGAUCAGACGCCACUCGCAAGUUGAUACUAAUGGCGAAUCUAGUGACGUUGACGAUGAUGAUGACGACGAAGAUGACGAGGAUGACGAGGACGAUGGUGAUGAUGAUAGCAGCGACGAUGGCGAGCAUCUUAUUGACUUGGCUCUAGCCUAG